AUGCGCCCUGCCCCGCCCCACCCCCCUCUCGGUACCAGCACGUGGAAUGCGGCCGAAUCGAGCUUCGCGGAGAUCCGCGCCCUGGUUGAGCGGAGACAGGCCGAGGUGAUCCAAUCGAUAAAGCGUAUCAGCGAGGAGAAACGGCGCGCGCUGGAGGAUCAGCUGGCUCUCAUUGAGUCUGAGAGGAGCCUCGUUCGAGGCCAGUGUGACAGUCUCAACGACCUGGUGCGUUUCAACUGCCUACUGCCAUCGUAG